AUGGAGACAUUCAUGGAAGGCGACCUCUUCGCAGAACAACGGGCUUCAACCCAAGGUACCGACGACGAUGAACAAGCUACGAAUGGACAAGCUAUGAGUAGUAAUUCCGGUCUCUUGUACUUGCUGGACUUGGCCUCUCUCCCUCACGAUGCUCAAUGGAAUGACUGGAUUGCGUCAAAUCCAACAUUGGCGACUCUCAUCACGAAUCUGAAUGCAAUCCUCAAACAAGAUGCUGGAGACACCAUAGAGUCGCUUAAAGUCAAAUUGGAGCAAGUCAGAGCUGAAAAGCUCUUGAUUGAAACCAAUUCGGAACAAGCUGCUCAUACUUUGGCUCAACGAAACAAGUCAUUCCAAAAUGAGAUUCAUACUAUUCGAUCCAGAUUGAAUGAUUGCGAGUCGGAACUCUCUCAAAAAAAUGCCGCUUUGGCUACGACACAGUCGGAGAAUUCGGUGCUGUCCGCACGUGUAAAGGCUAUGGAGACCGAGGUGCAAUCAUCAAAAUCGACAGAAGGAAAGCUAGACUCUGAGAAGCGUGACUUGGCCACCCUUCUUGAUCGAAAGCUGGUUGAGAUAUCGAGCCUAAAGGAUCAAAUUGAAGCACUAGUCCAACAAACCGAAUCACUUCGUACCGAGUAUCGCACGCAAUCAGAAGAGAUUGCUAAACUACAAUCCGAAACCCUGAAUUCACGGCAUCAGCUAGAUGCUCGUACGCAAGAAGUCGAUCAACUCAAGAAACAUAACGAGUGGAUGAAUCAGGAGAUGGAUCGCAAAGCAAAUGAGUUCCAGCAGUAUAGAACAGAGAAGAUGGAGGAAAUUACGUCUCUACAUCAACAACUGGAUGCAGCUAUGCAGGAGCGUAAUCUUUUUGAGUCUCGAGCUCAGAGCCACUCAAAGAGAGCUAACGACUUCGAGGCCAAGUUGACUUCAGCUCUCGAGAAGGCUCAAGAGGCAUCGAACCGUCUUGCAAUACAAGAGCAACAAUUUAAGACAGAAAUGCGUAUACAGCAGAGACUUGUCGAUCAGUCUAAUUCUCUUGCUAAAGAACGAGAAGACCAAUGGAAGGAGAUGUCACAUGGUCUUGCCGAACGAGAAGAAGAGUGUAGAGACCUGAGAGUUAAGUUAGAACAGGUCGAGCAGAAUACUCGUAACGACAGAGCAUCCAUGCAAGCCCAAUUAGACGCCAAAGAAGAUGAACUUGAAGCGCUACGAACACGAUUGAGUGGUGCAGGACCCAGCACUCCCGCUCCUGGCGCUCGUAACGAAUCUUCGCCAUUCAUGUCGGGCUCUCCAUCUUCCUCUAUAACUCAACUCUAUGCACGUAAUCACGCACUUGAAGAUGAAAACCGUGUACUAAAGCGUAAAUUAGAAGGUCUUGAAACCCAUGCUGCCGCAACUGCCGAUCGAGUCAAGAACGAGAUUGGCCCGGCAUAUCAGCAAGCCAUGCACGAAAACGAGACUAUAAAGGCCGAGAAUGCUAAAAUAUUCAAGGAGCUAGGAAUAGUGUUGAAGCAACGAGAAGAAGCUAUAGAACGAGAACAAGCGGUAGUCAAACAAGUAGCUGCCCUGAAACGAGAUAAAACCAAUAUGCAUGGUAGUAUCAUGGAUAUGAAAAAGACAAUUACUGCCUUGAUUCUUGGUCUCGAAGAAGUACGAGCAGGUUCACUAGCCAGCUUGGAAGCGCGGUUCAAGAUUACUUUGUCUGCCCCGCCAUCAUCGUCCACUAUGGGUAAUGGUGCCGCUGCAGACUUUGAUGUCGAAGUCUUUAGAUCUGUAGACCAGCUAGUAGCUCAGAAUGAGGGAUUGAAACGAUCAGUCCUCUCCCUAUCUGACGAGCUUACCCAACUUCAAAACAACGUAGUUGAACGGAUUCGUAUGGGCAUUGAAGAUGCUCGAACAAAGGACGAGUCUCGCUUUACCUCUCUUAAAGACGAAGUGCGAAGGAUUACCCUCCGUUGUGACUCAUUACAACGCGAAAAUGAAGGUCUUCGACGACGUCUUGAGUACGUCAAUACAAGUAAUAGUACAGGUCGUAAUAGCUUUGGUGGAAUGUCCUCGUCACGACCGACUUCACCUGAUGGUGAUGGUAUGGGCGACGAAUACAAGGCAUUAUAUGAAUCAGCCCAACAAGAGCUGGAUAAUCUACGACGUGAAGCCGGUAUAGAUACGCAAACGUUAAAGAACGAUUCUUCACGUCUCGCACAUGAGAAUGGUGAAUUGAAUGUCCAGCUCACUCGAGUCAAGACACAACUUGAACUUGCGGACCAACGAUACUCCAUCCUUCAACACCAUCUUGAUGCCAAAGAAACCGAACUACGCCGCGUCGUUGACACCAACCGUGAUUUAAAUACUAAGCUUGCUGCUAUGGAUAAACGCAUUCAGGAAACCGAUAAUAAGUGUCGUAGCGCUCUUGACGAGAGUAGUAAACACCGGUCAGAUGUAUCUAUAUUACGUGCUCAACUAGAAGUGUUGAAGAAUGUGGAAGAACGUAGUAAGAACGAAGUGUCCUUCCAUAUUAAUGAACGUCAACGAUUGGACUUGCUGUUGAAGGACUUGCAACGUGCACAAGAUGCUUUUGAACGUAGUAGUGCUGAUCAGACUCGAAGAUUGGAGGAAAGAUGUGCAAGUCUUGAUCGAGAAUUAACUGCAGCGAAGAGGCAAGGAGCCGAACUAAGUGACGAAUUACGUGGUUUAUCAGCACGGAGAGAGUCUGAAGCUCGUGAUGCUCAAGUCAAGGCGGAGAGAUUGACUGCUGAGCUUCAAAAGGUUCACCAAGAUUUAGCAGUCAGCAAAACCAAGGAAGAAGGAUUGACUGAAAGAGUCAAAGAUUUGACUCAACGUCUUGCCGUAUCUGAAGAAAGAUUGGCUGUAUACGAGAAUCGUGGUGCACGUCGUGUUGGCAGUAAUGGUAACAACGAGCAACCAGGUCCACAAGAAAUGUUGCAAGAGGUGGAGGCUCAGCUCGUUCAAGCUAGGACGGAUCUGGACGCUGCCAAAGAAGAUUUACGAAUUGAACAAGAACGUGUCGCCACGUUCAAAUCUGUGGCUGAUACUCUGGAACAAGACUUGUCCCGAACGAGCACCGCUUUCGAUGAAUACCGUCGAGAUACGGAUGCUCAGAUACAGCAAUUCCAACAAAAAGUCGCCCAGUUGGAAGAAACUAAACGUGACCUGGAAGAAAACUUGUCACGAAUUGCCAAUCAAGUCACUGAAACUCUCGAGAAAGCUGAUGCCGAUCGUAUACAGUAUCAGAAUGAUAAAAAGACUUGGGAAGAUCGUAUUGAGAGCUUGUCUGCAAGCGAGACUAUGGCUGUUCGUGGUCAGGAACAACUUCGACAAGAUAUGCUCCGUCAUAAUACCGAAGUCCUCGACGCUCGCCGUAAAUAUGAAAUGGAAAUAGUCGAACAUUCGAAAGCCAUUCAGGAGCUUCAACGUAUCAAGGACGAAGUUGUUAAGGUCAAGGAUGAAUUGACUGAUGCUCGAGAACGUUUGAACGUUUCCGAGUCGUCAGCGAGAUCGUCUCAAACCUCUUGGGAUGAAAUUCGUCGUGGACUUGAUGCUGAAUUGGCAGAAGUCAAAAAGAAUUACGAUGAACUCAAAGAGCAGAACAAUAUUCUUUUAUCCCAGCUUGAAAAAGUAUCUAGUGAAGCCACUAGGAUACAAAUGCAAGAAGGUGGUGAUGGAAGCGGUAAUAGUAUUAGUGUUACUGGACCUCAAUCAUUAGCAACAGACUCGGAGAACCUCAAAGAAGUCAUUAAGUUUAUACGUCGUGAACGUGAUAUAUUACAGUCAAAGCACGAAUUGGCACUUCAGGAGACGCAGCGCUUGCGUCAACAGACGGAGCACUUGCAACGAUCACUUGAUGAGACUAGAACACUACUUGAUGAAGAGCGACAUCGAUCUCGUCAAGCUCUAGAUACCGAACGCCAUCAUACCGAGCUCUUGGAGCAAGUCAACAACCUCAAUAUAUUACGGGAAUCUAACUCGACUCUUCGCCAACAAUACGAGUCUGCUUCUCGUCGCUCGACGGAUUUAGAAACUCGAUUAAGGCAAAUGGAAGGUCAACUUCAUCCAUUACGGGAACAAGUUGCUACGCUUGAAGCCGAAGUCGAAGAACGUAAGAAACAAGUUAAACUCCUUGAGGAGGACAAUACACGAUGGAAGGCUCGAUCAACUGCCAUCAUGCAAAAGUAUGAUCGUAUUGAUCCCGUCGAACACCAACAAUUCAAGGAUCAAAAUGAAUCGUACAGAUUAGAGAUAGAACGAUUGAAUGCUGAAGUGGCUCCACAACAAGCUCGUUUCGAUGCCAUCCUCGCAGAAAAGGAAAGUCUUGUCGGUGAAAGAGAUUCGUUCAAGACUCAAUGGGAGACUGUCAAGAAGGAGCUUGAAGGACAGCAAGAUAUAAUUCGACGAGCCAGAGCAACAAUCAAAGCCAUCAAGGAUGUCAGAGAGAAGAAUGCAGCAUUAGAGGUUGAAUUGGCUGCAGUUCGAACUCAAUAUGAUGAGAAAGCGAUUGAGAUCACUGCUUUACGAGCUGAACUUGGAACUGCUCAGGCCGCUGUUGUUGAGAUUGAGAAGGCGAAGACGGCUUUAGUACAGUCAAGUAACGCGAAGAUGGUCAAAGCUAAAGAAGAUCGUAACAGAUUGAGAGAUGAGAAGAAUGAACUGGCUAACAAGAUUGGAGAGCUUGAGACCCGUAUUACUCAACUUCAAUCUGAGCUGUCCAGUCAAUCUGGUGGAGGCGACUCUAGUGCAGAAGUCGCCAGAUUAACGACAGAGUUGAACAAGUCACAAUCUGAAGUGACUGCCAUCCGAGCAGAGAUAGAACAAUUACGUAAAGCUGCUGGUAAUCAUCUCACUGAAAUCCAGAGUCGAGAUAUGAAACUUGGUCUUCUCAAAGCCACAGCUGAGAAGAAGGAGUCUGAUCUCAAGCAACAGAAGGAAAUGAUUUCUAGAUUAGAAAGUCAAAUCAAAGAGUUGGAGAAGUCUUUGGAAGCGUCCUCGAAUUCAGCUCCUGUAAUCCAAACUAGUCAACCGUCACAUCAAUCACCACCACAUGUUUCAUCGACUACCAUUACAUCACCGAAACCCGUAGCGGUUGUCCCAUCAACAAUUCCUCAUAUUCCUCAAACGACAGCAGUAUCGUCCGCUCCAUCUAUAAAGUCUCCCACUUCCACUUCAGUGCGUCCAUCGACUCAACAGACGCCAGCCAAACGCACUCGAGAUUCUACUCCUGCUCAGUCACCAGCUACUGCAUCAGCUGAUGACUCUAUUGGUCAACCUGCAGCUAAGCGUUUGAGACCCUCGGAGGAUACAGUUGAAUCGAAACUUGUAGUUCAAGUAGAUCAACGUGAAGUAUCCCCCAUUAAAGAAGUACCACGAGCAACCACGCCAAAGGUUGCGACUCCACGUGCUGCUACUCCACAUGCUGCUACGCCUGUGCGAGUGUCUACGCCGGCUCCAGUAGAAGUAAAAGUGAAGGAAGAGCCACCGAUAAUACCUUCUUCGACGACUGAGGAGCCUAUAGUUGUAGAAGAGUAUCUAGAAGAACUUCAAGAUACUACAGCGGACUCACAACCCCUGGCUGAAACACCCAUAGUUGAAGAUGUGACUUUAGAUCAACAACCUUCCACUUCUACUCCAGGUGCUACUGGUGAAGGUGCAGAAGAAUUAAAUGUGGAUACUCCAGGUUCAUACCAGGAGCCGGGUACAGACGUAAAUAUGGCUGAUGCAGAAGAUGGUGAACUCAAGUAUGAUGAGGAUGUAAAUAUGAAUGAAGGUGAUGAAGAUGGAGAACUUCACGAGGAUGAGUUACAGCGGCAAGAAGAAGAGGAAUAUGAGACUGAGGAGCAGUCAUUUGAAAUCAUUCCACAAGAAGAUCAACCUGAAGAAAAUGCCGCUGCUCCUGAAGUUGGUCAAGAGGUUGACUAUGAAGAUGAACAAGAUGUAGAAAUGGGAGACGUUGCAUUUACUGAGCAAGUUGGUGGGAACGAGGCAUAUCAAGAAGAAGAAGAAGCCAAUUAUGAAGAAGAAGAUUUACCACAGGAGCACCCUGUAACUAACGAAGAACAGCCUGUAAAUACUGAAGCAGGUCAAGAAUAUUUGGAGACUUAUGAUUCACCGUACGUUCCUGCUGCAGAUGGUCAAGAAGAAGAAAGACACCCUAGUCAGGAGGCCUUUGAAGAAGGCGAGCAACUGGAAGAUGCAGUAGAAGAUGGUGAAGACACUUCUGCUCCUGCUGUCGUUGCAGAAGCUCCAGUUAUAGAACAAGUCAACAGUAUGGAGGAUUUGCUUCCAGAAGAAGAGGAAAUAGAGGUAGAACAGGAACACAUCGCACCUCUUAUAGAUCCCGCUGUGGUGGUUGACGAUGUACAGGAGACAACUGUGAUUGAAGAUGAGAGUAUAGGUCCUACAGAUGAAACUAAAGUGGAUGUGCCUGUCAGUCAGACAGACAUUCAAGUCGAUGUCACAGACAUUUCGACUGCUCCCCAUACCUCAGAUGUAGUCAUGGAAGCUGAAAGUAAGCCCAUGGAAGAAGAGGUUGUCACAGAAUCCACGAUGGCAACUCCCGGUGUACCAAUAGUUGAAACCCGAGCAACAGCCACACCAAUUUUGUCUGCAGUUGCUCCACGGCCUUCCACGCCAGUAGUAGGCUCGACAACUACCGGUUUCAGCUUCUUGUCUGGACCUACAAGUAGUAGUAGUACGCCUAUCGUGCCGCCAGCACCGUCUAUUCCAACCGAGUCGCCCAAAAUCUCGUCUAGGUUUGGCAAAUUAUCUGGUAGUGUUGCUGCUACGACAGAUCCUGCUCCGUCACAGCCGUUAAACACAAACGCACCCGAGUUUGUGCCAAGGCCUCUAACUCCUAGCGCACCUCUAAGUCAAGACGGAAUGGCUAUGACUGAACGUAUAAAAGCCAGACUUGCACUUCAAGCUGAAGAAGCUGCCAAAUCACUCACACUACCAGAUGCUGCUGGAGGAGAAAUGUCAAGAAAGAGAGUGCAACGAGAGCCUCCUCGCCAAUUGCAAGAUCGUGUUGGUGAGAAGAUUGAUAGAUUACCAAAGCCUUUGCCAGUAGGAUUAGUACAACAGCAACUCCUCAAUCCUGCCGUACCCAUAUCUGGUGCUGUUACAGCCACACAACCUCAACCACACCAAACAACAACAGCAACCAGACCAGCAACUCGAUCAAUAUCUCGAGGAAGUGCACGAAUAGCUGGAGCAAGUGGAACUCGAAUCGCUGGAACUAGUGUAAAUCCGCUAUUUGCAGCUGCCAUGUCUGCUUUGCCACCAGAUAGCAGUAGUCCCCUACCUCCUCGUCCUAUUGGUGGAGGCAUACUUGGUCGUGCAGCAACAGGAGCUGGUAGAGGACGUGGUACGACUCCAGAAGGAGGAGCACCCGGUAGAGGCGGUGGUGGUAUCUUGGGAAGAGGACGUGGUCGAAAGCCAGAUGAUGCUUCAGGAUGA